AUGAACAUCGGAAAUUUAACUAUAACUAAGAACAUUACAGAAAGCUGGACGGCAGUCUUCAACAUGACAAUGAACACAGUCACCGAUAAAACGAAAACUGAGGUAUCUAGGAAUGACGACUACCGUUUAAGAAUCAUUCUUCUUUACGUGCAACCGAUUGUGGGAAUUUUAGGAAUGGUCGCCAAUAUUUUAACGUUUGCCAUGUUGAUCAAGAGCGGUUUGAAGAAGCCAUCCAACAUUAUAAUAUUUGGUCUGACAUUGGCUGACUGCUUCUUGCUUAUCACUCCGAUCAACAUCUUUGACCUGACAGCCAGAUUUCUUCACUCGAAAGAAACUGCUAACUACUUUGGUUGGGAGUGUUCGGAAAAACUGGCCAGAUUUUUGUCCGUUGUAAAUCGGGUGUUGACCACUUUGCAUUACUGGGGAGGUUUUGCUGGGACCGGUUUGCCAGUUGUAAUUACACUGGAAAGAAUCUUUGCUGUGUUUUUCCCGAUGAAAUUCGCAACUAUUGUAACAUCCAGAAGAGCCAUUUUGGCAGUAGUUUCUGUUUGGCUGUUUUGGGGACCGUGGGCUUGCUUUUCUGCUUUUCUGAGGGACUUUCGAUAUACAGUUCUGCCCAGUGGACAGUCUAUUGGCUAUGAAAAAUCUGCCGAAUUGUUGAUCAGUAACUUUUUGGUAGUUCAAACCUUAAACCGUUACGUUUUUAAUUUUCUAAGCUCCAUUGUUCCAGUCUCUAUUGUAACCUUUGGCUGUGUGAUGAUUGGGGUCAAGGUCAAGCAUUCGUUGUUACAGCGUCAACGGAUGUCUUCGGCAAAGAAAACGAAAAGGCCCUCCCUUAAAACGACUCGGACCUUGGUGGCUAUCGCCUUGAUCUUUGCUACCGUUCACGGGACCUACUUCACCAUGACCUGUGCUAUGGUAGAUCAGUAUAUCAACGACACCACGUUCAGCCUCGUUUUGGAUGAAAUCAAACUGACCCUCAUCUACGUCUGCGGCUCGUGUAACUUCUUCGUCUACGUCCUUCUCAACAGCAAGUUUCGUAACAUUUUAAUUGGCAUGUUUCAAAAAACUCAUUCUGAAUUAGCGUAA